GCGGAUCGUGGGGAGCCGACGAAACCUAAAAGGCUGACACUCAGGCUGCAUCUGAGGAGGGCAGCAGCUACAAGUAGAAGGACUGAUUGCGUAUUGAUCGGCAUCCUUCCUGCCGACCUCUGACCUUUAUGCCAGUUCAUUCCGAGUUUCAUGCAUAUGUGCCUCUGUGAGUGGGAGGCUUGGAAGCCUGGAAAAGGAGACACGUCUGCACGCAUCGGACCUUGAUAUGAAGAUUGCGCGCACGAGAUCGUCACGUGUAGCGCGCCCGUGCCGCCCAGUUCUCACAUAUUUGCUCUAGCUAUGAUAAACGCCAGGGAGUGAGUCAGCGCGCUGUCGGUGUUUCCAAACAGCGCGCAGGCUGCUGGCCGUAUGCCGGUACGAUGGUAAACUUGGAGUGAGCAGACUGGCUGCUAAGUGCUGUUCGUCCUUUUGUAGCACGACAGGGAACGCUAAAGACAAGGGAAAGGCCCGGUGGAGGCUAAGCCUAAGGAGAGGUAACUGAACUGAGUUCGCUGAUGACGCUCCACACUCUCACCGGCGGCUUGACCCGGAACCACUCCGGUCCGGAGAUGCCGCACAACUGCACAGCCCGGCCACCCCACUUCGCAGACAGGCUGGAACAGGUGUCCACGGACGUGACGGCAGUUGUGGUGAUGUUCGGCGGGACGCUGGCCUCCCUCAUCACGGUGCUGGUGUACCUGGAGGAGUGCCUGUACUUCUGCAGGAAUCCCUUCUCCGCGCGCCGCAGGAGCAAGAUGCUUAAGAUUCUGGCCGUGUAUCCCGUGAUCAGUACAACUUCUGCAUCCAGCCUGUGGUUCCCUCAGGCCUCUGACGUCGCCGACUUCGCUGCUUCUUGGUACCUGUCCCUGGCGAUAUAUCAGGUCUUCACGCUGAUGGUGGACUAUCUCGGCGGGAAACGCGGGAUCGUGGAAAACAUCGGCGGACUCAAAAUCCGGAUGAACACCCCGCCAAUCUGCUGCUGCGUCUGCCUUCCACCGAAACCACUCAACAUGGUUCUCCUGAGGAGGUUACAUCUCGGAGUGCUGCAGCUGACGGUGGUGUACCCUGUGACGUCAUACAUCUUCGCUCUCAUCAACACAGACCGGAGCGCUCAGGGAAGCAAGCAGCUGCAGGACACGGCGUCGGCCGGCAUGAUUUUACGGGUGGUCCCGCUGGUCAGCAUGCUGAUGGCGGUGUACAGCAUACUGUGUCUGUGUAGAAACGUCACCGCGAACAUGCCUCAGGCGGCCGCCUUCCGCCUCCGCCCCAAGCUAGCCGUGGUCAUGCUCAUCAUGGGGCUCUCGAGACUGCAGUUCCUUGUCCUGUCGCUAGUCAGGAUACCCGGAGGGAAAGGCUGUGGUCCCGGUACCCUGUUCAACGGACCGGACCGGAAAAAAGUUAUCGCGGCUGUCCUGACGGUGCUGGAGAUGUUGCUGCUGGGACUGCUGGCCCGCCGCCUCUUCACCCAGCCCGUGGAGGACGACUUGGAGGACCCGUGUGACGUCGCGGACCAACAUUUCCACGAAAAGCGGGUCAUGAUCGUGCGAACCACGUCGCUAUAGGGGUCGGUCAUCGAUCUCCAAUUCAAGCAGAUAUCAUUCGGGGGCAUGGGAGGGUCAAAUUUAACAUCCAAGCAGAUUCUCUGAAUGGCUACAUGUACAGUAUCCAAUUUGCAAGACAGUAUCCAAUACGUGGGGCAGCAAAUGGGUACAGGCGGCCAAUACUAGUAUACUCCCCAGCAGGCCCUUGCCCCACAGAAUCUGCUUGGAGAUUAGAUCAAAUUGGCCACCCGCCUUACCAUUUGCCCCCGGGUACCGGUAGAAACCAGUCCCGUCGCAAACUUCGUACCUAUUUACAAAUCGGCCGAAAUGUGUCAGAGUGAUUAGACUCGAAAGGUUUUAAGACUUCUGAUCUGUGGCAGAUUCUCCGGAGGCAAAUGGUAAGGCGGAUGGUGAAUACUGGUUGGGCAAUUCGGUACUGUCUUGCCAAUUUGAUACUGGAUUGCAGCCACUAAAGGACCUGUUUGGAGAUUAGGCAGUCAUCCUGCCAUCCCGGAACUGUGCAGAUGCUCAUCCGACACGCUCUUUGUUUCAUGUAUAUACUGGUAUUUCUUAUACACAGAUAAGCAGUAGUCUCCUGUGCAUACAGGGCUUAGAGCGGGUGGGCGUUUUAAUAAAAUAAUGGGUUUUGUAGAAUUGUUAACGAGUUCUUACAACCAGGGCGUACGAUGGCUGGUUGGUUGUGCGAUGACCGCCAAACGAACGCGUCAACGCACAAAAGCAGUUUUAAAACGCCCACUCGGAGGCCUGCACAGGAGACUAGGCAAGCAGUGCGUGUUAAACACCGAAACUGUUACAUCAUAUGACGUUCAUGAAUUCACCGAUGUAAGACUAACGAUUCAUACUAGAAUCAAAAACUACAAAAUGCACAUUUAAUCUUCAUCGUAUGAAGUAUACAUUAACAGCAGACGAUUCUUAAUCAGGUAUAUAUGCUCGGGGAUUAGUAUAGCUGGUAAUAAUGUGUGUACAUGUACACAAUAUGUACAUACUAAAAUACGUUCUCGUAUCAAUUAACGUGUGUGCUGGCGCGUGUGGAAAUGUAUAAAAUGCGUCCACUCGUAUUGCUGUCUGAAUUGUAGUCAGACGAAUAAAAUGUAUGAAAACCUUG